UGAUGUUUAUUUAUAUCAGACAGGGUAUACAGGAAUUUAUUUUCUAGUCAAUACAUAAUGAAUUAAGUACAUUAUUAAGGCAUUGUUUUGUAUCUCAUACGUUUAUAGAGUGCAAAACAACCAACAUAUAGCAAAAAGUAGCGUCUGGUCGGGCAUCUCUCGCCGGCUCGCUAGGCAUGGUACGCGCUGUCAGGUCCGCCGCACUGCUGUUGGGCUUCUUGCUGCACGUUCCGCAUCAGCAGGCUACCGCACAGUCCACAGUAUCUCCGUCACAGUCUGCCGAGGCGUCAUCUGGCGGCGGCGGCAUGUCGGGACCGGCCGACGACCGGCUGGUGUUCAACGCCACGUGGCACGACGAGCGCGCCGCGCUGCUGCGCCACUUUGUGCUCUCCUACUAUGUGGACGACGGCACGCUGGAGCUGUUCGAGCCCAAGCUGCGGCGCGUCUUCCUGCGCCGCUCGGCCGUGGACACGGUGGCCGCCGACGACCUGUGGGUGGGCGCGCGGCUGAACGUGUUCGGUCGCCAGGUGGAGCUGACCGACUACGGCACAGAGGUCACCCGGCGGCUGCUUAGCCAGCGCACGCAGCGCACACUCGCCAUCGUAAAGCCGGACGGGGUCGCCAAUCUGGGCCACAUCCUUAACUCAAUCACGCUGCACGGCCUGAAGAUGACGCAGGCGCGGAUGGUGCGGCUGACGCGGGCCGAGGCGGAGACGUUCUACGCUGAGCACGCGUCGCGGGCCUUCUUCCCCAAGCUGGUGGAGUACAUGACCUCGGGCCCGGUGGUGGCGCUCGAGCUGCUCGGACGAGACGCAGUGGCCCGCUGGCGGCAGAUGAUGGGGCCCACAGACUCAGAGGCGGCGCGGAGGGACGUGCCCGACUCCAUUCGCGCCCAGUACGGCACCGACAAAACGCUCAACGCCGUGCACGGUUCGGACGGCGCCGAGGCGGCCGCGCGUGAGAUCCCCUUUUUCUUCCCCGCUGAGCGCGACGCUCCGCGGCCGCGCAGCUCUGUCGAGCUGUGCGGCUCGAGCACGUGCGCCGUGGUGCGGCCGCACAUCGUGCGGGACGGUCUGCUGGGCCAGCUGCUGGCAGCGCUGCAGGCAGCCGACUCCGACCUCCAGAUCACCGGCCUGGAGCUGCAGUGGCUGACGGAGGCGCGCGCGCGCGAGUUCCUGGAGCCGUACCGCGGCGCGGUGGCCGAGUUCCCGGCGCUGGCCGCCGAGCUGGCCUCCGGGCCGGCCGUGGCGCUGGCACUUCGCUGGCCGUGUCAGGGCGCUGACGCCGUGGAGGCAUUCCGCCGCGUGGUGGGGCCGCGCGACCCGGCCAUCGCCGCCCUCCUGCGGCCCCAGUCGCUGCGAGCCAAGUUCGGCAGGGACCGCGUGCGGAACGCGCUGCACUGCACCGACCUGGCCGAUGACGGCCCGCUCGAGUGUCGCUUCUUCUUUGGUGGCGAGGAGUCAUGACGUAGGGUCGCUCUUACUGGUCACAGGCAUACACCGGAUACAUAUCCACGAGUUACCAGCCGUCCGUUGCCGCCCGGCACUGAAACGUUGUCGCGUUCAAUUUUGAACGCGCGAUCGUGAUGUCCGCGGAAGCGCACUAGUCUCACACUGCCCAUCGGUCCGCAAGCGACUGAUGUAUUUUUGUCUCACAAUGUUGUCGUUUAUUUACCUUUGUAUUUUUUGCUCGUGGUUUUCAUUGAGCUGGGUGAUAUAAUUUGUGCCUUUCUCAUGAGGAUGUUACAAUAAAAGAAGGGGGUGUGCUUACCUUUUUCAAAUCUU